AUGUUCACAAUAUCCCGGUUAGAUUUGCAACAAAGUCUGUGCAUACGAAUCAAGAAAGAAAAUCUUCCAAAAACUACUAAAUCGGUAAUGGGAUCAAUAACAGAACUUGUGAGCACCAAAAUGCUUGGUGAAGAAGAAGCUACAGAAGAAAAAGAAAAUCUUCUUCAGACAACUGCAUCAAUAAAAAUGGAAAAGACAGCGCAGAAGAUACUGAAAUGCCUGAAACCCCACGAGAGCGAAACAAAUCUAUUGAUAUUUAAAAUUUCUUAA